AUGGCGAUCGGUUCUUGCUUCUUAGGAUUAAAGCUCCAGGCUUGCGGGAUCCUUGGGACCGGUCUAAAUCGCUCGAGUAUAUCUCACAUGUCAUCGACAAAUGUGUCAGUGAAGCCAUUGGUGAUUCAGGCUAGAGCCAAUCAGAGGACCGAGAGUCCUAAGAUUCGCGACCGAAGAUUAAGAGAAAAGUUUAACGGGACAGCCACAAGGCCGAGGCUUUCGGUGUUUUGCUCAAAAAAGCAGUUGUAUGCUAUGUUAGUAGAUGACCAAAAGAAAAAGUGCUUGUUCUAUGGAAGCACUCUUCAGAAAUCCAUGCAAAAUGAUCAACUUUGCUCUACUGCUGAGGCGGCAAAACGAGUUGGGGAAGAGCUUAUCAAGAUGUGUGUGGAUCUCAACAUAAACGAGAUCUCAUCUUAUGAUCGAAAUGGCUUGGCUUACGGGCUCGGAACUGGGUUGCUGAGGUGUUGUUGGUCACUGGCACGAGUGUUGCGGGGACUGGCACAUGGGUGCUGUGACACGGGGCGCACAGACGCUGCACGACGGCACGCGGGCGCUAGGACAUGGCAUGGGUCGUCUGCGAGCGCUGGGCCGCGACAGUAUGUCUACGGGCGCUGGGGUGCAACGUGCGACACGUGA